UUUCAGAGCUGUAAUGGUAAAUUCAAUUGGCGGGUGAUAAAGGAAAAACGGGAUGCCUAUGUGAGCCGCCUGAACACCAUCUAUGAAAAUAAUCUAACCAAGGCCAAGAUAGAAAUCAUCACUGGCUACGCAGCGUUCACCGGUGACCCCAGGCCCACUGUAGAGGUCCGUGGGGAAAAGUACACUGCUCCUCACAUCCUGAUUGCAACAGGUGGCGUGCCCUCACAUCCUCUGGAGAGCCAGGUCCCGGGUGCCAGCUUGGGAAUAACCAGUGAUGGAUUCUUUCAGCUGGAAGAAUUGCCUGGCCGCAGCGUCAUUGUUGGUGCAGGAUACAUCGCCGUGGAGAUAGCGGGGAUCCUCUCUGCCCUGGGCUCCAAGACAUCACUCAUGAUACGACACGAUAAGGUACUUAGAAGUUUUGAUUCAAUAAUCAGUUCCAACUGCACGGAAGAGCUGGAGAAUGCUGGCAUAGAGGUCCUGAAGCACUCGCAGGUCAAGGAAAUUAAAAAGACUUCCUCGGGCUUGGAAGUCUCCAUGGUUACUUCAGUUCCUGGUAGGAAACCCAUCAUGACCACGAUUCCAGAUGUCGACUGCCUUCUCUGGGCCAUUGGGCGGGACCCAAAUUCCAAGGGCCUGAAUUUAAACAAACUGGGGAUUCAGACUGACGCCAAAGGUCACAUCAUCGUAGAUGAAUUCCAGAAUACUAAUGUAAAAGGCAUCUACGCAGUUGGGGAUGUGUGUGGAAAGGCUCUUCUUACUCCAGUUGCCAUCGCUGCUGGCCGAAAACUUGCCCACAGACUUUUUGAAUGCAAAGAAGAUUCCAAAUUAGACUAUGACAACAUCCCCACAGUGGUCUUCAGCCACCCCCCUAUUGGCACAGUGGGCCUUACGGAAGAUGAGGCCAUUUCUAAAUACGGAAAAGAAAAUGUGAAGACCUAUUCAACCACCUUUACCCCAAUGUAUCAUGCGGUUACCAAAAGGAAAACAAAGUGUGUGAUGAAAAUGAUUUGUGCUAACAAAGAGGAGAAGGUGGUUGGGAUCCACAUGCAAGGAAUUGGGUGUGAUGAAAUGCUGCAGGGGUUUGCUGUUGCAGUCAAAAUGGGAGCCACAAAAGCCGACUUUGACAACACGGUUGCCAUUCACCCUACCUCUUCGGAAGAACUGGUCACACUUCGUUGAGAACUCAGAGACUUGUGUGGCUGGCAGUUGGACCAUAGACCUUCUGAAAUGAACCAAAUAAUCACAUUUACUUAAACUGUUUCUAUUUUAUGUAUCCCUUUAUUAUAUCCAGGAUCUCCUGAGAGUGGAAAAUUUCAAUAAAAAGUAAAAUGUAUUUAUGUGAUUGGAAA